GAUAAAACUCAGCGUCAACAGCGCCCACUUUGUGGAGUCCAUCAUUGUUGCUAUUUAUCCGUUGUAGAUCUUUCGCAGCGGUUACCGUCGUGCACGUGCUUAAUCGUUUGGUAGUUUUAGCCGCCUGGCCGUCGUGCUUCAGGCUUCUUGCUGAGUGGUUAGGUGCUCUUAUCGCGAGGAACGUAAACCCAGGCAAAAAAAAAGAAAAGAUCUUUGGUGAGCACAGAAUGAGUGAAUGAAUGAAUGAAUGAAUGAAUGGCCCAGAGUUCAUCAGGUUCAGGGCCUACCAAUCUCUCCCUCCGAGUCCGAGUGCAGCAAUGAAUCCGCCGACUUAUGCCAGGACUGAGCAGUCCACUACUACAAGGUCGACUAUUUGCAAGCGUUGCAAACAGCCUUUCGAGAUUGUCUACUUGCCACCACCCUCAAAUGGACACUUGAAGACUCCAGAGAUGACGUCGCCAAGUGCGACUACAGCACAAAGUACCACGAUUUAAGGGCCAACAUAUUACGAGUCAUUUCUCACGGUUUUCUUGGGAUUCCGAAAAAAUGAACCCUAGAAAUGAAUUUUUUGAGCUCUAAACAAUGCCAGUCCCAGUUCCUCUUCCCGGUGCUGGAGUAAUUUCUCAUUACGGCGAUAUCGUAACACCAGCCUCUUCAUCGAGCUCGUCAGUAGCAGGAGGUGCUAUUUCGUCCACUCAUCUCUCUUCCCCGUCCGCUGCAGCACUGUCGAGUGGAGUUCAAUAUUUGCGACCAUCCACUCCUCCUUCGUCUUGGAUGCUCAGUCACGAAGGAAGAAAGGUCGUGGAGGCGAAAAGAGAUCCGACGGCAUGUCGAUUCCAUCCAGAGGCUUACUCGCAAGAAACGGCCCAAAGAUGGCUAGAGCCUGGCAGUACUGAGAAUGGCUCCAGAACCGAAACCUUCUGGACGUGUUGCGGUGCGGCAGCCUAUGACGCGCCAGGAUGCCGGACAUCCUGGCAUAUUACAUUUGAUGAAGAAGAUACUAUUUGUUGGAUGUGAUUUUCGUGGGAUUAUAUUAUAUAAUUUGUCAAGAACAUUUAAUGGAUCCAUAGCCAAUCUUACUUUAGUCGCGCUUCUUUGGGGUGAUAAAAGAUGAAAAAGAUUCUUUCAUGUUUUCUCCCGUCUGUGUGGUCGACGUCGACGUACCGAGUCGACCUUUCACACACAUCAG